UAUACCUAGCGGGCCCAAAGGGCAGCGACGAAGCGAUCGAACCAACCCAGACGUACCAGGCGCGCGGCGGCGGCGGCAACUCGAUGCGAAGCACCGCCACGCGGAGGACCAGGAUCAAGACCUGCGAGGGGUCUUGCCGGAGCCCGGAGGAGGCCGGUACGGACGCGGACGCGGAUGCGGAGGAGACCGGCGGGCGGAGGUAGUUGCAGCCGGCAUGGCGGCGCCCAACUGGUUUCCCGUGAUCGUGGCGGCCAAGCCCUCGAUCUUCUUCGUUGAGAUGCGGCCGAGAGGGAAAGACGCAAGGAAGGAGAUCAAAGACCUCGCCGGAACAGCACAGAGCAAGGAGGGCAAGGAUCUGGCCGCAGCUCUUAAAGAAGGCGUCAUCCAUAACGCCACCGGGUUCGCGGUUGGGACCGUCGGAGAGGCGGCCGGCGGCAGGGUCAAGAUCAUGGUCUUCACCGUCUCUCAUCUGAUCGAGCAUGUGUAUCAUGGAGACUGGCAGCCUAUCGACGCCGACACCGUCAACAAGCUCUACGAGAUCGAGCUCUACUGCCCGCACGCGGAGCUAGACUGGCUCGCCAGGGGCCGGCGAGGGCCCAGGGUCUCCUUCCAGGCAUGGGCUUCUUCCAUCGACUGCGCCAUGGACUGCAUGGUGCUCACGGCGUACGUCAGCGACGUCGCGCUGAGGGCGCUGACGGUGGGGGCAGGGAUGCACAGGGAGAGGCAGAUCGUGCUUUGCCCAGGGCCAACACCCGGAGCUCCACUUCAGCGACGUUCUCCAGCCGUGCCACCCGUGCAUGAUGCUCGCAUGGCCGAGUGAUCUGAUUCACCUCUUUUACGUGGGCACCCAGUGCGAGGUCAGACUGGCGGCCGACUUCAGCGGCAACGCGGCCGGCUACAGCAUGAGCCUGCUCGAGGCCCAGAUCGGGUGCACGGACGGUGCCUCCGGCGCCCCGCUCUUCAGCCUCGCCGGAGAGGUCAUCGGCGUCCUGCACGGCAAGCUGCUAGACGACCACUCGUACUUCGUGGCCCCCCAGCACCUCCUCGCCUUCCUGGCUACCGCGCGUGACGAGGCCGCCGCCGCAGCUGCGGCUGAACAGGCCACCGCUGCCGUCCUGGCCGUAGCCGCCGCAGAGCAGCUUCACGCUGCGAAUCAAACUUGGUGUGACUUGCGCCGUCCGCGCAGUGCCCGCCCUCGUCGUCCACGCUUUCCGCGUCUUCCUCCUCCUCCUCCUCCCAGCCGUAGGCGCCGCCGGAGGUGAAGGUACCGGAAGCAAGUAGUGCAGAUCACUUGAUGGUGUAGUGUCAGCC